AUGUGGAUCAAUGGCGUUGGGUUCAACUCCGAACUCCCGGCCAUUUCUGACGCCUACGGAAGCGCCAACACUGCCGGACUUGGAAACCCGACCACCCCUGUCGAGCUGUUCUGCAGCACCGAAACCGGAAAAUGGGUCCUCCGCAACCCUACUAAUGACAACUGGCAAUUGGGCGGCCGCAACUACUACCUCCCCAUCAGCGACCUCACGUGCCAGACCGAAUAUGUUGGAGACAGGAAGCAA